GAAAUUUGAUUCUCUUUGUUUAAAUUUAAAGAGCGGGCAAAGAGAGGUUAGAUCUGCGAGCCUCAAAUUGAGGAACCGUUGUGUUUCGAUCUUGAUUUAAAUCUAUCAAUUCAUUACUGCGCUGUUUUUCGAUCUUGAUUUAAAUCUAUCAAUUCAUUACUGCGCGCGUUUAUCUGUCUCUCUUGUUGUUGUGAACAAUGUCACCUGCAGAUGCAACAGGAAGCCCUUCCACUUCCGAGGAGCAGGGAACUCUACAGUCUCCACCCGCAUCCCCAUCGCUUGGGAGGGCAAACAUAGCUUUGCAGGAUCUGUGUGAUUCAAGGGGAGAUUUGCUUGGUCGAAUUAACAACCUGAAAAAGGAUUUGCAAGAAUGGCGUGGUAAACUUGACACUCAAGUGAAGACUUACAAAGAGGAGCUUGGGGAUUUGAAGAAUACUCUAAACCUGGAAGUAGAGCAGCUGAAAUCUGAGUUUGAGGAUCUACGAAAAAGUCUAAGAAAACAGCUGGAUGAUGCUACAAACAUGGGCUCAAUGGUAUGCUCUGUUAAUACUCUGAUUCAUGGAUUAGACAAAAAAAUGGAUGAAUCUGUUCCUGAUUUGAUGAAGGAAACAAACAUGAACAAGGUGGAAGAGCCAGGCUCAUGACCGAUCAUUUAAUUGUUCCAUGUAUUUCUCAGAGAUAUUAGCAGCAAUUUCAUGUGAUUAUUUCAUACUACAAGCUUGCUUAUAUGUUGAGACAUUUUCUCGGAAUGUAUUAUGUCAAAAUAACUUAACUAGUUGGAAAAACAUUAUGCUAUUUUUUAACUUUCAAAUGGAGUGGACAAACACUGGAUGUUCAUUGGGAGAGAGUAAUCAAUAGAUAGUUCAUAUGGUGAUUGAACUAUGCUAUAUGAUCAUAUUGAAAGUUUGUGGUUAUAUGUACUUCGAUGAAAGUUGCGUUGGUCUUGGUAUUUGUGUGUGAAAAAGAAUUCAUUGAAUGGUAAGAGUUUCAAAGUGUCUUAUAUUACC